AUGGUGGAGGCCUCGAGACGACCUACUCCUUUGCGGCCCUCUCUGCCACUUCCCAAGCACCUCCAGCAGUUGCUCAAGGUCCCAAAUAUCCGUACUAAGGUAACUUUUUUGGUGAAAAAGUAAAAUGAAGCUUUCCAGGGUGUAUUUUUUUAGAACAUGCACAAAAGCUUUAAGUUAAAUCUCAUAUUCAUACUCACACUCGCUCCAAAAUCUAAAGCCCUCCAAUUUAAGGCAUGUGUGAAAACAAGAAACACUCUGUAUCAGUAUAUCUUUUUGGUAACAGGUUGGCGUGUCUCGCUCUCCAAGAAAGUAAAGACAUGAAGAAAUAACGGCAUUUAAAGGCAAUAAGGAGUGCAAAAUGGUCAAGUUGGAAAGUCUGGAAAAUCCCUCUGUGGUCCCAGUAAUGAUAAACUGCAGAAAUGACAAGAACAAUCUUAUCAGCAGCAGCAUACCACAUGUCAUUCAGGAAAAUGCAACAUUAAUUUAUUUUAGGUGUCCAUGUAAGUCAUGUCCACAAUACUAUAAAACUCUUUUACUUUCUAUUGAGUGUGAAAAGGAAAUAAGCAAAUGGUACCCAAUCAUUCAUCUCCUUUGUUAUAUUGAUGCUGCAGCCCGGCAAUUCACUGUGGCCCUACAUGGUAACAACAAAAAAUUUCAACAACUACGGUAACCACACACAAAGAACAAGUGAAAGUACUCAAGAGAAGUUGGCAAAGAAUGUUGCAGAUGGGAAAUUGAACACCAAGCAGGCAUUGUUUAAAAUGGUCAAGGAAGGUACAGUGGUAAGUGGCACUGCCAGGACUAGUUCCCUUCCGCAAAAUAACAUGUAAGCCAGAAACCUUAAGCAAAAGUUAAGACCUAACAACCAGCUCAAUAACAAAUGGUGCUAACGUGGGAGCAAUUGUGGACUCAGGCCUUGAGCACCACAAGUUUUGAGGCAUAACAGAAUCAUUCCCUAAGCAGCCCAUUGAAAAGGGCUUAUAGAAGAAGAGUCACUCCAAAACGAUCAAACAUGGCUGCAUAGAGUUACAACUAACAACAACAACAAAUUUUAUUGAAAAUUGGAAAAUAACUAAUUACAUUACUUUCCCACCCGCAAAUAGCUUAUGAACUAAUCGAGGCGGGGGGAGCUGAAGACAUAUUACAAAACAAGAAUUAUAUAUAGAUGGACUAAAUAACAGUGAAGACACUACAAUACAGUAAAUAGAGUUUAAACUAACAUAAAACAAGGCAUGUACAUAACGAUUACGAAGAGAGGUUAACCUAAAGUAUUAAAUAACUUAAUAAGACGGGAGACUUCGACAUAAUCAUCUUCUGACCGCAAAAAAUUUAGUAAUAAUUCCUUUAUUUUUUUACGAAAGGACGAACGUUUAAGUAUUUUAAUCGAAUACGGAAUAGAGUUCCAAAUUUGGGCACCGAUUCUCGUGAAAAAGGCAUACAUUUUAUCGGUUCUAGAGAACUUAACAUAAAACGAGUCGCUAGAGACAGAUCUUGUUCUGUAGUUAUGAAUCUGACUUGUUUUAACGAACUGAUUGAGAAUACUAACUGGUGCUGUCUGUCUGUUGAUAUCAUACAAUAAAUAGCUACAAUCUCUGAAAAAUAUGCUAGGCAGGGGAAGGCAAUUUGAUUUGAGAAAGAAGGGUACGGCGUGUUCCUUAGACUUACUGAAGUAAAUGAGACGUAAGGCCCGUUUUUGUAGAGUUACGAUCUUUCACUUCAAGGAGUGAAAAUAAUGAUGGUGACGCCUGCAAGGAAAAUGAGCCUAAUCUCUUCUAAAUAAAAGACAAGCUUGUAGAAAUACAAAUUGACAUCAUUCAUCCAUGAUCUAUUAAGAGAAGUCCCUGGUCUGUCUUAGUACCUUCGUGCUUCAUGCUUAGUAACUUCAGCAAAUAAACAAUAUCUAACUUUUGUCUUUAUUGUUUGUGAUAUGAAUAACUAGACAGAAUCCUUUAGCUUCUAAGACAAGAACGACUUUGAGAACGAGAUUUUCUCACAACUAAGCAGUGCACACAUGAACCAGCAUCAUUUUGGGGGUAAACUGGAGAGCCGUUGUCUUUCUACUAUGCUGUGGUAGCUCUUUCAAUAAAAAUAACAGUGCUAACUCUUACGGUGACAAAAGUACAAUAAAUUGAAGCUUUCCAGGGUGUUUGCUUUUUGAGAAUACAAACAUCUCGUCCUCAAAUCUAGAGAACCUAACCUAUCGCUGGAAGGUUUUAGGUGGCUACCUAGGCCAAGCAAGUAAGAGAAGAAAACACAUCAGUCACAAAAUGAUUCCUAGCCGUUAUAUAUACUUGACAACAGAAAGGAAAUAAAUUGCAGGCAGUUGUGAGGGAUUGGAUCACAACACUCACAGAAUCUCAUGAAACACUACAGCCAUAUUUCAAGGGUGGGAUGCACAAUAAAACAACUUUGAAGUCAUUUCUUUGAGGAAGCAGGCUGUCCAGUUUGUUGUGGUGAUGCAAGUAGAGCUUUCUCAUGGACAAAUUCCAGUAACGUUCUACACAAGGGUCCAAAGGAGACAUGGAAAAAGUCAUAGAAUUUCAGUACCCAGCAGGUUAAUAUAGAAAAGUACGCUUCACAGCAUAUGAUCUUUCGGUUUGUUUUCAGGUUCUUCUACUUUAUGUAUUGUUUUAUGUAAGGAAAACUUUGGUAAAAUCCUAUGAACAUGAUCACAUCCUCAGGGUAUAAGAAAUAUUUAUGCAUUUCUGUAGGGCUGGCUUGCAUUUUAGUCAUGUUAUAUGCACUGUUCACAGCAAGUGGUUCCCAAAAAACUGGUUGGAGGAAAUGUUUAUCAUGUAUGUUAUGCUAGCUAGCUAGCAUAUAUAGGCUUCAUAGGAUCACUAUAUACUCAUUAAAGUUAUGGUUAACAUAUAUUUGCUUGUGGCUCUCCUUUCUAUGCCUGUAAAAUUCAGUAAAAAAAUCAUUUCAAAUUUACCACCUCAUAAAGGAGAGCCAAAGGUAUGGCGGGCUACUAGUGCCACUGCUUCACAUUUUAAAAUAAUGCUGCAGUUUCUACAUAAAAACUCAUCUGCGCCGUGCACUGGUUCCUCUUUUCCAUACAAGUGAUAAGCCGAUUUCUUUUAAAUUGACCUCUCUCAUAAAAAUACACUUUCUUCGUAGAGAUAAACCUCCGCUGUAGAAAUACACCCCCGCCAUAGAAAUAUGCCUCCACCGUGGAAAUGUGCCUCCUCCGUAGAAAUGAGCCUUUUGCACAGACACAAACUCUUUCUGUGGAAAUAAAACAAUUCUUGGAAUAGCUGUAUGUAGGAAAGGUCUUUACCCUUGGUUUUGUCUUAGAAUCUGACUUAAAACAUCUUUGUUUUCCCUUCACAUAGGAGGACCAGUGACAUUGCUGGAGGGUUCAACUGCAAAAACUACCAGUACAAUUACAAAGUUGUCUUUUCAUGAGUUCAAAAAGCUAAAAGAAGAUCAGAGGACUAAAAAGAUCGAAGCAAACAAAAAAGUGAAAGCGAUCCGAGAUGUAAAAAUCCAAAUCAGAGUUAUGGAGGAGCUAGAUGGUCAUUUGAAGAGAAUUAAGGGCAGGACUCUUCCACUGAUGGUGCCCUCUAAUGUCUCCGCAGAAGCACUCCUGAAAGCAGCUCAAGAUAAACAUUCCAGGCACUUCAAACAGUUUGAUCAACCUCUGGACUAUGUCCUUCUGUAUCCAGACCAGACUAUUGUCCACACCCUGCCUGGAAGUUCUGUUCUUUUCCCCCUUAACAAAUAUAAAGAAGAACUUGAAAAACCUUUUUCCAAAUUGUGCUUUUGGCUGUGUAGUACCUCAGACAUCCAAAGCUGUAUUGAUUUCCUGGAAGAAGAGUCUGAACAGAGCAGUGAGCCAGGGCCAUCAUACAUUUCAGACACUGCCACCACAGCUUCAGAAGUGAAGGAAAGAGAUGGCUCAUUAAGAGCAUCAAACUGCCAAAUUAAGACAAGCCCGUCAACUAACAGAGCUGUAAGUAAGACUUCCUACCCCCCAAGAGGAAACAGCAAUUAUCCAACUUGCUUUAAGAGAUUUCCCCUGGAAGAAAUUGAAGCACAUGCAUACCUCUGUGUUGACCUCUGGGUUGACCCUGUUGGAGAGCUAGAAAGUGAUGGAGAACAAGAAUUCAUAGGGACAGAAGAAUUAUCCUGUGAUGAGCAUGCCUCUGAUGAGCGAUGGAAUUUUCCCACAAGUUAA